AUGGUGGGUCGUCCCGUGGGCUCAGUGGAAUCAGCCCUGCAGACGAUUUACCAGGGUCGACGGGAGCUGUUAGAAGAAGUCUGCCACUCGUACACUCAAAAACGCAGAAUCCUCAUCCCCGAGGACCUGAAGCAUGUCAUUGUGGAUGACCAGCAUGGCUUGUUGUACUGCUACGUGCCCAAAGUGGCCUGUACCAACUGGAAGAGGGUCCUAAUGAUACUAACAGGUGUCGCUGGGGCCCAGAAAGACCCACUAGAAAUCCCUGCUAAUGAGGCCCAUGUUCCAGGAAAUCUCAACUCCCUGUCAGAUUACUCCACCUCAGAGAUUAACCAACGCCUGCGCUCGUACCUAAAAUUUAUCUUUGUACGGGAACCCUUUGAGCGGCUGGUGUCUGCGUAUCGCAAUAAAUUCACACGGAGCUACAACACGGCUUUUCAUAAAAGAUAUGGCACAAAGAUAGUGCAGCGGCAUAGGCCAGACCCACAACCGGAAGCUCUGGAGAAAGGAAACAAUGUUUCCUUUGAGGAGUUUGUGUAUUACCUUGUAGACCCAGCAACCCAGCGAGAAGAGCCUUUCAAUGAACACUGGGAGAGAGUACACUCACUGUGCCACCCAUGUCUCAUUCACUAUGAUGUGGUGGGAAAGUAUGAGACACUGGAACAGGACUCCCACUAUGUGCUGCAGCUAGCCGGAGUAGAUGAGCAAGUCAGCUUCCCUGCUUCAUCCAAAAACACCAGGACUACAGGAGACAUGGCAGCCCACUUCUUCCAAAACAUCAGCCCUUUUUACCAGAAGAAGCUGUACAAUCUUUAUCGAAUGGACUUCCUGCUUUUCAACUACUCUGUGCCAGCCUACCUCAAGUUCAUGUGAGGCAUUGACAGCCCUCACCCGUACACUUGAACUUACUGAUCAAUGUAUGGUUUUUAAGGC